CAGAGCUGCUUUCUCUCCACUCCUCUGAGGAGGAUCGUCUUUGCUGCUGCUGGAAGUUUUACCUCCUUCACUAAAACACCACAUGGUGUUGAACCAUUGCAGCCAUGGAGUGUCUCAAAGACUGCUGCAAAAACUUCAUGAAGCAGAAGGAGCAGGAGACCCAAGUGAUCACAUUGAAGAUGCCUCCAAACAAAGACUCAGCGGUAGGAUGGGAGCCUGAAGAGGGGAGGAUAGGGGUCACGGAGGAUUAUCUUCUCUCUAAGCUGCCCCCUGAUGGCAGAGAGGUGCCGUUUGUGCUGCCCACCUUUAAGGCCUCGUAUGUCCAACCCAGAGGAAACCGCUACCCUAACCUACAGUCUGGACCUCAGAGUUCAGCUCGGAGCACCUAUGCAGAGAGGAAGGCAGAGCUGCUGGGCUCCUCUCUCUUCAGCUACAGCCCAGAGUCCAGCUUACAUCGGGGGCAGAUGGCCGAGUUCAUGUCGCCCGGGUCCACCCGCAGAGACUCAAUGAAGAAGAGGAGCUCCAGUCCACAGAGUCCAGGUUGGAAUCUGAGGCCGGGUGGUGACCAACGUCUGAGCAGCUCCAUGCUCGACCUGUCGACGGCUCAGACUCACAUGCAGCACUUUGACUCUCUCUCCAGCGUCCUCAGCAGCACGUCCUCCACCAGGUUUGGCUCCAUUGAAAGCAGCUUAGACUCUAUCCCCCUGUCCUGGGACGAGCGUGAGCUGGGGAAGGUGUGCGUCCAGCUGAACUACCAGGAGGCUCUGGAGCAGGUGUGGAUCACUCUGGUCCAGUGCUCAGAACUCAACCUUCCUCCAGAUGGAGCAGAACAACAGAAGGUUGGAUUUAAAGGGAUCAUCACCGUCCCCAAACCCAUUCAGUUCAAGAGCUCCAUCAAGGAGUACAGUCAGGACGUGUCCUUCAUGGAGACCUUUGUGUUCGCAUUGCGUCUCCAGCAGUUGCGUUGCAGCGCUCUGGUGCUGCGUCUGCAGACUCACAGCAACAAGAAGCGUACGGUGGCCGAGUGCGUCCUCUCUCUACGACAGCUCGGCGGUCAGGAGACGGAGCACUGGCUUGACCUCAGCCCUCGCUCCAAAUCCUCUGUGUGCCAUGCUGAGCUCAAUCUCACCACGUGCUUUCAGCCAGUGAACGGUCGCAUCCAGCUGCAAGUCCUCGCUGCUCAGAAUCUCCCAGCAUCCUCCACUCCACUCACGCAGGCGUUUUUUGUCAAAGUGGAGAUGCACCAGCUGGAGCGGGUGGUUAUGAAGAAGAAGACUCGAGUGAUUAAGGCGUCAAAGGGUCAGUGUCGGUGGGCGGAGACUUUCCACUUCCUCUUGGCUGCGUUAGACCACGACUGCUCACUGUCCGUCAAACUUUACAGCCGCAGCUCAGUCAGGAGGAAACAGUGUCUCGGACAGAUCCAGCUGGGAAACGACAGCCCAGUGCCUGAAGCAGUGGAGCAGUGGAAGGACAUGAUGGCUCAUCCAGAGAAAGUCGUGUCUGCGUGGCAUGGACUGAGCCCCGCAUAAACCUCCACGGUACAUAACUUGGAUGUGAUGCUCACAUACCGCAAGCCCAAAAUCGCUCUAUUGAUCUCACCAGACCAGGACCAGGACUAUAAACCACUACACUAGUUCUGAAGGACAUUUGGGACUAGCAUCUACAGAGAGUUCAGGUUUUUGGUUGUAAAAGGGUUUUGAACAAAGCAUAGCUGCUGUAAAUAUUUUAGGGGAGGUUUUAUGUGGAUAAAUUAAGUUUUUGUAGACUCAGUGGACCACUUGCUAAACUAACAGCAGCUCAGCUGUAUAGUAUUUACAGUGGAUAUACAGAAUAGUUUUUAUAAGCCGCAUGGCUUGUACAUUUAUAUCACUGCUUUUAGUGAAACCAUCAUUCUGGUUCAGUUUUACAACAGUUAGAAGCAGAGAAAGUACGACCAAGCUGUAUCUAAAAACAUCCUUUUAUCCAUUAACAGAUAAUACUGGUGAUAUCUGAAUGUAUUUCUCACUGCCACAAACCCAUGAAAAGAUCAAAACCAAGGCGCUGAUUGUUUUUUUCUUGAUACUUUUUUGGCUUUUUCUACACCAUCUUCAGCCCUGAGUUUCACCUAGUUACACACUUAGGACACUUAUAGUCAAAACCAGGUCAUGGAUAUACAACACCAAAUCCAAAAAGUUGGAACACUGUGCAAAAUGUGAAUAAAAACAGAAAUCAAUGAUUGCCAAAUCUCUUAAACCCAUAUUUUAUACACAAUAGAAAAUAAUCAGCAUAUCAGAUGUUGAAACUGAGACGUUUUACCAUGGCUCAUUUUGAGUUUGACGGAGGCAACACAUCUCAAAAAAGUAGGGUCAGUCUUUAAACGUCUAGGAAGUGGGGAGACCAGCUCAGUUUUGGGAGAGGAAUGUUGUUCCAUUCUUCUAGCUGCUCAACAGUCCUGGAUCUUCUUUGCUGGAUUUUACAUUUAUGAUGCUCCAAAUGUUUUCUGUUGGUGAAAGGUCUAGACUGCAGGUAGACCAGUUCAGCGCCCGGACUUUUCUAUUGUGAAGCCAUGCUGUUGUGAUGGAUGUGGUACAUGGUGUAGUGUUGUCUCACCGAAAUAGUCAAGGCCAUCCUUGAAAGAGAUGUUGUCUGGAUGGGAGCAUAAGUUGCUUUUAAAAAGCUUUUAAAGUUGCUUUUCUCAGCUUUGAUGGUGUUUUUCCAGAUGUGUAAGCUGCCCAUGCCAUAGACACUAAUGCAACCCCAUACCAUCAGAGAUGCAGGCUUUAGAACUGAGCCAGGAGAAGAAGCUGGAUGCUCCCUCUCCUCUUUAGUCUGCAGGACAUGGCGUCUGUGGUUUGAAAGAUGAAUUUCAAAUUUCAGAUAUAUCUGACCACAGAACAGUUUUCAAUUUUGCCUCAGUCCAUUUUAAAUGAUCUGUGGCUCAGGGAAGACAGCUGAUCGUGUCUACAUAUAGCUGCUUCUUGCAUGAUGCAGCUUCAACUGUCAUUUGUGGAUUGCAUGACCAAAUGUAUGACAGAGUGAUUUCCGGAAGGGUUCCUGAGCCCCUGCAGUGAUUUCCAGUACAAAGUCAUCCCUGUUUUAAUGCAGUGAGGGCCUGGAGAUCCGGAGCAUCCAGUAUUGUACUUCAGUCCUGUCCCUUGCUCACAGAGAUUCCUCCAGAUUCUCUGAAUCUUUUGAUGAUAUUAAGGAGCAUUUUUCUGAAAUUGUCCCCGAGUUUUUGGUGAAUUGAUAAACCUCUGCACAUCUUUCCUUCAGAGAGACUCUGCCUCUCUUAAAUGCUCCUUUCAUACCCAUUUAUGCUACUGACUUGUUGCCAAUUAACCCAAUUAGUUGCAAAAUGCUCCUCCAACUGUUUCCCAUAAGUACCACUUACU